AUGGCGGUGGAGAAGGGAUUGGACGAGUAUAACAGGCCAAAGUUGAAGAUCGUUUACGUGGAUCCCACUGGCGGGGAUGAGACAUGGGUUACAGGGUUACAGUACAAGUUUCUUGACUCGGAGACAGAUGCGGUGGAGAAGGAGGAGGGCUUGUGUUUGGAUCGCCCUAGGCUUAUCUUCGUAAUUCAGGAUAAGGAUUUUUGGCCGGGAACUGAUUCCGAUCCUGAAGCAAUAGAAAGGCGUCUCGUUAAAGAGGAGAAGAAGAGCAUAUGUUCUCUGCCACCGCCCCGAAGAAGGUUAAAAGGCGCUGUCUUCGAAGUUGUGAACCUCCCUUGGACGAAAAGGAAUUGGAACAAGUUGCUCGUGGAAAAUCUGGAAUUGUCUUGUUCGCUCAUUUCUCCUCCGGUGGAUUCCUCUUGCUCUGUUUUUCAGAUUGCUCCCAAGAAGAAGAUGAAGAUCUCUCAACUACAGAAGGUAAUCAGGAGUUCAGACAGAGAUGCGCCAAAGAUGAAGCAAUUUUACCUAGGAGUAGGAGGAGGAGAAAUAGGUCAGAAGAAGGUCAGAAGUUUGAUACGUUCUUUCUAUCCCUUUGACGAUGCAGAACCUGUUUAUGAUUAUUCCAGUGGAGAAGAAGUUGUUUAUGAGGAAUACGCUCGCGAGGAUUCGCUUUACUGGUUGUCGGAGUGCAAGCGGUUGACGUUGUUGGAGGACGAAAAUUUUGAACAGUUUGUCCGUAGCGCAAUGGUGGUGGAGAAGGAAUUGGAUGAGUAUAACAGGCCAAAGCUGAAGAUCAUUUACGUGGAUCCCAUCGGCGGGGAUGAGAGAUGGGUUACAUUGUUACAGUACAGGUUUCUCAACACGGAGAUAGAUGCGGUGGAGAAGGAGGAGGGCUUGUGUUUGGAUCGCCCUAGGUUUAUCUUUGUAAUUCAGGAUAAGGAUUUUUGGCCGGGAACUGAUUCCUAUCCUGAAGCAAUAGAAAGGCGUCUUGUUAAAGAGGAGAAGAAGGUAAUCACCUAUGAUGGAGAUCUCAACUCUGAAUUGCCUGGCUAUUCAUUCCUUGUGGACAACCAUCCGUGGUUGAAGGCCGAAAAGCAUAUGUUCUCUGCCGCCGCCCCGAAGAAGAAGCAACUGAAGAAGGUUAAAAGGUGCUUUCUUCGAAGUUGUGAACCUCCCUUGGACGAAAAGGAAUUGGAACAAGUUGCUCUUGUGGAAAAUCUCGAAUCGUCUUGCUUAGUGCUUAGUCCUUCGUCCUCCGGUGGAUUCCGUUUUCCAUAUCAGCAAUCAUCUCUCGAUUGGUUCCAUCUUGACUAUAGAAUGAAUUGCUUAUCGGUUUAUGUAUUAUGUAUUCGACAUGCUGCUAUGUGGAACACAGAAAAUCGCUCGUUUGAUGGGCCACAGUAG